UUCCACAAUCAUUCACACAACUCCUAAAUCAUCUGCCAGCAAUGCAUAGAUAAAGUUUUCAGCUGUGAGACAUCUCAGAAGAAUACUAACAAUGAAGAUAACGUGCACAGCCUUGGUGCUUCUCAUCCAAACAUUACAAUGUUUGGCCUCAAAUGAUUCACCAUUUCUACUAACUAACAAGGCCACUGGUUUUUGUUUGGUUAAAAGAAGUAACUACUGCUUUGACAUACGCUGGACAACUGGUGAGCGACUACUGGUUUGGGGGUUACAUAAGUGCCUGGGCGUCCAAGGGAAAAGUGUGGGAAGUGAACUAAGCCUCUACGAAUGUGAUGAAAACAGCGACCUCCAAAAGUGGGAAUGCAAGAAUGGAACAGUGCUCGCCCUCAAAGACCAAGAGCUUUACAUUGAGCUCACUGCAGAUAACACAGCAGUUCUCUCCAAAACAAUAGGACCCAAUAACCACCUCACAAUUUCAGGGACCUCCAGCGGUGCUUGUGCAAGAACAUACAGAGAACUUUAUACUAUUGGAGGAAAUGCAAAUGGUAGACCCUGCAUGUUUCCCUUCCUGUACAAAGACCACUGGUACUCAACCUGCACUGAGACUGACUCCCGGGAUAAUCGACGUUGGUGUGCAGUUCAAACUAAAUAUGAACAUGAGGUCUGGGGCUACUGCCCAACUAACUCCAGAGAACACUGGAGCAAACACACAACAGGAGCGUAUUACCAGCUCAACACACAGGCAGCUCUGACUUGGCCCCAGGCUGAAGCCAGCUGCAAACAGCAGGGGGCCUCCCUGCUCAGUAUCACCGAUCCUAACGAGAAGGCUUACAUCACAGCACUACUAGGGACAGCGGGCAGGGGACAGGGGGACAAGCUUUGGUCUGGACUCAUCCGGCACCCAGAACAUGGCUGGCAGUGGUCUAAUGGAAGGCCUUACCGUUAUCUGAAUUGGGACUCAGGACAUCCACUUCCUAAUCCGGGAUACGACUGCGCAAUUGUUGAUGGUGCUGUACAGUACUCCUGGCAAAGUUCAUCAUGCACCAAGAAACUGGGGUACAUCUGCUACAGUGAAGGAGCUGUGGCUCCUACUGAAGCUGUUGAGACAGGAUUUUGUUCAAGCCCUUGGAUUCCCUACAGUGGCCACUGCUUCCACCUCCAACGUACUCAGAAAACAUGGUCUGAUGCUCAGAAAGUGUGCCGCAAAGAAGGAGGGGACCUAGUCAGCAUCCGCAAUGUGGAGGACCAAAGCUUUGUCAUCUCUCAACUUGGCUAUGCAUCCACUGAUGAGCUUUGGAUUGGACUGAAUGACAAGAAGACAGAAGGGCUGUUUGACUGGAUUGACCACUCUACUGUCAGCUUUACCAGCUGGGAGUUUGGGAAACCUGUUGUCUUUACAGACCAAGAAGACUGUGUUCUCAUCAGGGGAGAGAAUGGGAACUGGGCUGACCGUAUGUGUGAUGAGAAACAUGGCUUCAUUUGUAUGAAGAUGAGUGCCUCUGAACCCUCUGGAGAUGAAGUGGAGCAGAAUGUAGGCUGCAAAACUGGUUGGAAAAGACAUGGUUCCUACUGCUACUUUGUAGGAACGGAGACAAAGACGUUUGAUGAAGCCAAAGAUGACUGCAAGACCUCAGAUGCCUACUUAGCUGAUGUUUCAAAUGGGGUGGAUAAUGCCUUCCUCGUCAGCUUGGUCGGGAUGAGACCAGAGAAAUACUUCUGGCUAGGCCUCUCAAACCAGAAAGACAUUGAUCAAUUUGUGUGGACCAACACAGACUCAGUGAGGUUUACUCACUGGAAUGCCGAAAUGCCAGGUUACCAACAGGGCUGCGUUGCCAUGUCAACUGGGGUUUUUGCUGGCCUCUGGGAUGUUAUGCCAUGCACCAAUAAGACAAAAUACAUUUGCAAACACCUGGCAGAGGGGGCUGUUUUAACGCCUGCACCACCAACUCCUACCCCUCUCAAGUGUGCAGACGGCUGGAAUAAAAUACUAACAAGAAACUUCUGCUAUAAGCUGUUUUCAGGGUCAUCUUCAAACAAGAGGACCUGGUAUGAGGCCAGAGAUUACUGCAGGGCCAUCGGAGGAGACCUGCUCAGCAUCCACAGCGCUGCUGAGCAAAUGAUUGAAAGAAGCUCUGAAAGAGUCUGGAUUGGACUUAGUGCCCCUGACCCAGGAACCAGUUACGUAUGGAGCGAUGGAUCCCCAGUAAACUUCCAACACUGGAAAGACGGAGGGCCAAAUAAUAGAAACAAUGUGGAAUCUUGUGCUGAAUUUAUACCAUAUCUGCAGGAUCACGAAUGGUCUUGGAAAACUGUGCAUUGUGAGAAGUACAAUGGAUGGCUGUGUCAGAUCCGAGCAGGAGCAACUCCAAAGGCACCUCCAGACCCCGUCACUCCUGACUACAAUAAGACGUCAGAUGGGUGGCUAGAAUGGAAUGGGAAUCAGUAUUAUAUUAACAAAAUGUCGAUGGCCAUGGAAGAAGCGCGUAGCUUCUGCCAACGGAGGCAUAGUGACUUGGUAACUAUCAACACUGAAGCUGAAAGUGUCUUUUUGUGGAAACAGAUAUCCCAAACUAAUGAACAUUACUGGAUAGGCCUGACAGUAGAUCUUGAUCAAACACUUGAGUGGGUGGAUGGUUCUCAAGUGGUGUUUCAAAGGUGGGAUGAAGGUCAGCCUGAUUUCAAGAACUAUGAUGAGAACUGUGUUGUGAUGACCUAUUCUACUGGUUUCUGGCACGAUUAUAAUUGUGGGUAUGAGCACAAUUCUAUUUGUAAACGCAGUGGAUCACCACCUGCCAACACCACUGUGGCACCCACAGUGGCCCCUAAAGGUGCCUGCCCAUCCCAGUGGAAAAGAUUUAACUCAAAGUGUUACAGAAUCUUUAAUGACCAGAAGGUAAUAUGGCGUGAAGCGAGGAAACAAUGCCAAGAUGUGGGUGGAAACUUGGCCUCUAUUCCUUCCAGACAUGUGGAAGUGUUUUUGAUGACUCAAAUGGCUGACACACCUACUACUACAGACGUUUGGAUUGGUUUGCGCAGAACAGAUAUAUAUGGAUUCCAUUGGACUGAUGGGCGACCGAGGCAAUAUGUCAACUUGGAUUUAGCAGUAAGUGGUUAUUUCCAUCUAUUUGGAUCAGGAAUUCUGGUCCGAGAGGCUGCUCGCAGAUAUUAUCAAUGGCUACAUAAUCAACAAGAGGAACAGUGUGCUGUAAUCACAAGUGAUCAUUCGAUUGGUACUGGGCAAUGGAAACCAAAGUCCUGCAAUGACACAAAUGGAUUUGUCUGUCUUCAAAAUGUUGACCCAUCCCUCCAAGACUCCCCAGAACCAACAACUUCUACCAACUAUGUCAAAAUAUUUAAUGACUCUAUCAAGGUUGUUACUCAACAAAUGAACUGGGAUGAAGCCAAAAAGCACUGUGAAGGUGAUGGUGCCAAACUGGCUAGCCUGCGAAACAAGUGGUCACAGGCCUAUGUUGAGCUGCUGGUUUUGAAUCUCAACGCUCCUCUGUGGAUUGGACUGAACAAAGUGCAGACCAAUGGGUAUUUCACAUUUACUGAUGGCUGGCACAUGCGCUUUUCUCACUGGGGUAAAAAUGAACCAAGCGGUGACCGACCUUGUGUCUACGUAGAUCUGGAUGGAAAAUGGAAGACUGCUGACUGCAAUCAGACCAUGAACAGUGUUUGUAUGAGGUCUACAGAUGUGCCACCAACAGAGUCAAGUGGUUUUCAAGGAAUUUGCCCUGAAGAUCCAGAUGUAUCAAAUACCAUAUAUGGUAGCCAGCAUUACUUCUGGCUACCAUUUAAAGGUUACUGUUACAUAUUUUUCACAGAAGAAAAAGAGUGGGCAGAUGCAUCUACUAGCUGUGUAAGACAUGGUGGCUCACUAGCCAGUAUUGAAGAUCCCUUUGAGCAAGAAUUCAUUCAAAGCAAUGCAAACAAGUUUAAAGACAGCCACACCUCGUUCUGGAUUGGCCUGUUUCAAACCCACAAAGGGGAAUGGUUGUGGUUGGACAAAACAGUCAUGGACUACACUAACUGGGCUAAUGGUCAACCUGGUGAACGCAGCUCCGGAGGGAUUAGCACUUCAACUGGGAAGUGGAGUGCAGCCCGUCGGCAGUAUUCUAGACCAUACAUUUGCAAAACAGCCAAAGUAUUAGCACCAACACCUCCAACACCAUCAGCUGCUGUAGUUCAUCCUCGUCAACGUGGCCACAUAGCUUUAGCAGUUGUGGUGGUCAUUACUGGGAUUGCCACUGGGGUCAUUGCCUUAUUCCUCUUCAAGAAGUUCACUCGUCGCUUACCCAUCCCUGACAUGUUAACCACCUUUGACAACCCAGUCUUCAACAAUGAGUGGUCACAGCCUAAUGUGGUUGACACCAAUAAUCAUGUAGAGAACGUAGAGGAAAAGUGCCCUGAGCCCCUUAUAACACAAAAAUGAACAGAAUCAGAAUCUAAUGCAUACUCUAUCGAGGGCUCAUGGUCAGUGGCUUCUCUUUUGCAUGGCCAAUGAUUUCACAUUCUGUUCUGUUCUGAGAGGAGUUGGCAAUGAGUGGCUAAAAUGGCCAAAUUAUUUAGACUGUAGGAUGUCUUUAUUUGGAAUGAUAGUUUGAAAUCAUAUUAAAUCAUAUACUUUGUAAUGACUAAGGGAAUGGGAAGAAUUAAUACACAUUUUGUACUUAAUUAUAACUGUUAUAAACUGUGAUAAUGUUAUGUAUUUUAAUACUUGUUACAGAUCAGCUGCUGUGAAAAGUCAAGAGUUGUAAUCUAGCUAACAUUAAACAAAGUAUACCAAAAA